AUGUCCGCUAAAGCUGAAUCUCCCGCCCCCGCUGCUCCUCAGCAGCUCAGCGGCCUUGCUCUCUACUCCAGAUUCGCCUUCGCUGGUGCUGUCUGCUGCUCCGUCACCCACGGAGCUCUUACUCCUGUCGAUGUCGUCAAGACAAGAAUCCAGCUUGACCCCGUCACCUACAACCGUGGUCUGGUCGGUGGUUUCCGUCAGGUUAUUGCCAACGAGGGUGCUGGCGCUCUCCUGACUGGUUUCGGCCCUACCGCCGCCGGUUACUUCCUCCAGGGUGCUUUCAAGUUCGGUGGUUAUGAGUUCUUCAAGCAGCAGUGGAUUAACCAGCUCGGUUACGAGACUGCCUCCAACAACCGCACCGCUGUCUACCUUGCCUCUUCCGCCACUGCCGAGUUCUUCGCCGAUAUCGCCCUCUGCCCUCUUGAAGCUACCCGUAUCCGUCUCGUCUCCCAGCCCACUUUCGCUACCGGUCUCCUGAGCGGUUUUGGUAAGAUCCUCAAGAACGAGGGUGUCGGCGCUUUCUACUCUGGAUUCGGUCCCAUUCUUUUCAAGCAGGUUCCCUACACCAUGGCCAAGUUCGUCGUUUUCGAGAAGGUCUCUGAGGCUAUUUACCGCGGUUUCGACAAGGAGACCCUCUCCGAUGGUGCUAAGACUACUAUCAACCUUGGCUCUGGUCUCAUUGCUGGUUUCGCUGCCGCUCUCGUCUCCCAGCCCGCCGAUACCAUGCUGAGCAAGAUCAACAAGACCCCCGGUGAGCCUGGUGAGGGUACCGUCUCUCGUCUCAUCAAGAUCGGUAAGGAGCUUGGUCUCCGUGGCUCCUACGCCGGUAUUGGUGCCCGUCUCUUCAUGGUUGGUACCCUGACUGCUGGUCAGUUCGCCAUCUACGGUGACAUCAAGCGUCUCUUGGGUGCCACCGGUGGUGUUGAGAUCGGCAAAUAG